AUGGCGACCGAUACCAAAGCGGCCAUUGUGCCCUCUAAGCGGGCUAACACUGACUACCCGUUAAUCGAUUCCGACCCGCACCUGAAGCGGGUAUUCGGAUAUGCCCGGCCUUCCGACUGGGCCGUGGCCGGUGGGAUGGCUUCAGCUGCUCCCAUUUCCUUCUGGGUCAUGGAGAGAGUCAGCCCCUCGCACGUAGGCCGUGGUGGUUUCGCCCCCGUUAUGCGACUUGCGACAGCCGUUGGUCUUCUUGGAGGUCUUCAUGUCCUCUAUCAGCGAUCUUGCCAGCGCUUCUAUGGUUUUACCGAAAACUCCAGAGAAGUCGAAAUGGACACUCGUGAGAUGGUCGACAAGGUCAAGAAGGGUGAGCCUCUGUACGGCAAGUCCCAGAUGUCGUCUUACCUACAAGGCGUUGCAGCCCGCAACUCCCGGUACUCAGAACUCUUCAUCCAUGUCAUUCCUUGGUUCAACUUUGUCAAUCACGACCAGCAUGGUGUGGACACCGCCAAGUACUAUCAACAAGCCGAGCGGGAAUUGGAGGCAGAGCGCACUGGCUCCUCAUGA